AUGAUCUCGGUUCUUCAAGAGAUGAGGAUCAAAGCAAAAUUGAAUCAUCAGAGAGACGAAGAGACGUGUUUCACAAGGUUUGUUCCAUUGAUGAAGAUGAGGCAAUUGAUGAUGUUAGAGAUUGGAGUGAUGCGUGAGGUUGAGGUUGGUACAGGUUUAUCAGGCGCAUUAAAGCGUCUCAGAGAGCAAGGAACUUUCAAGGAGAAGAAAGGCAAGCUUGUUGUAGGAGGGAUGUUGACUGAGAAAGAUGCGUUUCGGUUACUGUGUCACGGAUUCCAUGGGAAGAAACCUGGGAAGAGGAAGGAAGAGAAACGGAAGAGGAAACACCAAGAUCAGUCGAAGCAGAUGGAAUCUUCAGACAGAGCUGUGGAAAGAAUGAGACAAGUUCAUGCCGGUUUAAAGACUCCUUACGUUGUUCUCUAA